AUGUCAAGCUUCACGCCUUGGAACCCCAUCCAGCGACCCUAUCCGACGCCGCGUCGUUCAGACCAUGUGGACGUGUACAAGAGCGAAUCGAAGGGUGACGUGCGUGUCCCAGACCCAUAUAACUGGCUUGAAAAGAAAUCAGAAGAAACCGACGAGUGGAUUGCUGCACAAGAGGCCUUUACGGCAGCGUAUCUGGAUCAGAACUCAGAUAGGAAGGCGUUGGAGGAGGAGAUCAGGGCAAAUACCAACUUUCCGAAAUUUUCUGCUCCCGGAUUCCAUGGCAACCGUUGGUACUGGUUCUACAACAGUGGACUCCAAGCCCAGACAGUGCUGUACCGGUCCAAGGACGAGAAGCUUCCUGAUCCGUUCAAAGAAGAAGGCCCGUGUGGCGAAGUGUUCUUCGAUUCAAACCUAUUGACGGACGACGGCACUGCAGCACUCGCUGACCUCUCAUUCUCUCACUGCGGCAAAUAUUUCGCGUAUGGAAUAUCUUUAUCUGGAAGUGACUUCUCGACAAUAUAUGUUCGAUCGACUGAGCAUCCCUUUGCACUAACGGCAGAAGGUCGCCGUCCUUCGCACGAAAAUGACCCGGGAAGGUUCCCGGAAGAAGUACGAUUCGUCAAAUUCUCGUCUAUCGUCUGGACGCAUGACUCGAAAGGGUUCUUCUACCAUCGGUAUCCCGAUCGUCAAUCUCACGGACUCGCCACUGACGACACGGCGGGGACUGAGACAGAGGGUGACGUGAACGCCAUGCUAUGUUAUCACAGAAUUGACACCCCACAAUCGGAGGACAUUCUUGUUCACAAAGAUGACGCAAAUCCUGAAUGGAUGUGGAGCGUCGAUGUAUCUGAUCAGGACGGCCGUUACCUGACUAUGUACGUAGUCAAGGACACAUCCAGGAAAAACCUCGUGUGGGUUACCGAUCUCCAGGAAAAUGAGAUCGGGCCAAACAUGAAGUGGGACAAGAUCGUGGACGAGUUCGAGGCCGAGUACGAAGUUGUCACCAAUGACGGAACAGUUCUAUACAUCAAAACCAACAAAGACGCACCCCAGCAUCACAUUGUAACAGUCGAUCUUGCAGACCCCAAACGGGAGCGCCGGGUGUUGAUUCCAGAGGACAAGGACGCAAAUCUUGUAUCGAUCAAGCCUGUCAACCAUAACAAGCUCGUUGUGGUUUAUAAGCGUAACGUGAAAGAUGAAGUCUAUAUCUAUAGCAACGACGGGAAGCGAGUGACCCGUAUCGCGGAAGAUUUUGUCGGUGCGACCACGAUCUCCGCCCGCAAGAAGCACUCGUGGUUCUUUGUGUCGAUGGUUGGCUUCAAUACCCCUAACACUGUGGGACGUUAUGUCUUUGAUGAAGAAAAUGAAGGCAAACGGUGGAAUAUUUAUCGCACCACCCCCAUAGCCACUCUCAACCCUAACGAUUUCAUUGCGACGCAAGUCUGGUACCCCAGCAAGGAUGGUACCAAGGUACCAAUGUUUAUCGUCCGACACAAAGACACGCAAUUUGAUGGAACAGCACCCGCAAUACAAUACGGUUAUGGAGGAUUCACGAUCUCUAUCGAUCCAUUCUUCAGUCCCGCGAUGCUGACCAUGUUGAAGAAAUAUGGUGCAGUCCUAGCCGUGCCAAAUAUAAGAGGCGGAGGGGAGUUCGGUGAGGCUUGGCAUCAGGGAGGUAUCAGAGAACGCAAGGUCAACGUGUUCGAUGAUUUCAUCGCUGCAACGGAAUAUCUUGUCAAACACAAGUAUGCAGCCCCCGGCAAAGUGGCUAUCAAUGGUGGCUCCAACGGAGGGCUGUUAGUUGCUGCAUGUGUGAAUCGUGCACCGGAAGGCACGUUUGGAGCUGCUGUCGCAGAAGUAGGGGUCCUAGAUCUUCUCAAGUUUCACCAAUUCACUAUCGGUAAGGCGUGGACAUCUGACUAUGGCAAUCCAAGCGACCCCCACGACUUUGACUUCAUACACCCUAUUUCCCCGCUACACAACGUACCCACAGACAGGGUUUUGCCUCCCACCAUAUUGCUUACGGCUGAUCAUGACGAUCGUGUCGUGCCACUGCAUUCCUUCAAACAUGCUGCCACGUUACAACACACGAAGCCAAACAAUCCCCAUCCGUUGUUGAUUAGGAUCGACAAGAAGGCUGGACAUGGUUCAGGCAAGUCAACUGACCAAAGGAUUAAGGAGGCUGCGGAUAAAUGGGGCUUCGUGGUCCAAUCUAACGGUUGGGUUGCCAAGCAAACAGAAGCUUCGUAA